AUACAUGAAAACAGCUGUAAUAAUAAUUUAUGGGACUUGUUGAUCAAAAAAGAUGUCUGUUGCUCAGUUUAUCAAUGACUGCAAACAAGAUUUGGAAGGCUUGGGUUCUUUCUAUCCUCAUCAUAUGGGAAAGUACAAAACCAUGAUAUUCAAUAUGGAUGAUGUUUUAGAGUCUGACAAAACAGCUGCUCAUAAGUUUAAAAAGUGUGUAAAAAGUUUGCACAGUGUUUCUCUUAGUCAUACCAUUAGUGAAGUUGCAUAUGGUGAUAAUAUGGAAAAAAUUGGAUCUGUAGCAAUAUCAAGAGAAUCAGAAAGUGGAAUUGGUACUGCAUUUUUAAAGUUAUCUUACCUUACAAAAGAGUUGGCUAAUCACAGGAAAAUAAUGUGUGAAAAUUUAAACAAUAUGGUGUUGUUUCCAUUGAAUUCUCUUCUUAAAGGAGACAUGAAUAAAAUUGGAUAUAUGAAAAAGCCAAUUGAAGAGUCAUGGAAAGAAUACAAAUCUAAGGGAUUAAAAAGAGAAAGCAGAAAGAAAACUACAGAGAUUGUAUUGUAUCGUGUUGAAAAUCCGGAGGUUUCUGAUGAGUCUGAACGAGAGAGGCGUCAGUUUAUGUAUAAUGCUUGUGAGUACCUUGCAAAGGCUAAUGAAGUAAAAACAAAAAAAGGAGUUGAACUGGUGCAGCAUUUAAUAGAAUACUAUCAUGCUCAACUUAGUUAUUUCAACCGAGGCAUAGAAUUACUAGAAAAUAUGCGCAGUUAUUUUGACGGGUUAGCUGGAGAGUUGCAACAGCUAAGAUUAGAAAAAGAUGAAGAAAGAAAAGAAUUAUUAGAAAUAAAAAAUCAAUUAAAGGUUCUUCUCCAACUGGAUUCAAACAGUACCAAGGAGGGAGAAAAAAAAACUAAUCAAAACUAUAAACUUCAUGGACAUCAAGGGGACAAGAACUAUGGUGGAGAAAAAUAUGGAUAUCUAUCAAAGAGAAGUGAAGGAGUCCGAAAGCAAUGGCAAAAGCGUUAUUGUGUAAUUAAAGAUGGUCAAUUUACUUUGGCACAUGAUAAACAAAGCGCACCAACCACUGCAUUAAAUCUUCUCACUUCUCAAGUCAAGCCACUGCAGGAGAAAGAAAAGAAAUUAACAUUUGCUCUAAUGGCCCAUAACCGCACAUAUCUUUUUCAAGCAGAAGAUGAAGCUGAUUAUGAUGCAUGGAUAUCAGUUCUAAGCAAUGCUCGUGAAGAAGCACUUCACAAAGCAUUUGGGGAAGGUGAAGAGUCUUUGUCAAAAGAACCUGUUAGCAGUUUAAAGGAGUUAACACAAGGAAUCAUUUCUGAAGUACAAAGACUUCCUGGAAAUAACAACUGUGUUGAUUGCAAUGCUCCAAACCCAACAUGGUUAUCUAUUAAUAUGGGUGUUUUAGUAUGUAUCGAGUGCUCUGGAAUUCAUAGAGAUUUAGGUGUACACAUCUCAAGAAUUCGUUCUUUGACACUAGAUAGACUAGGAACGGCAGAGCUUUUACUAGCAAGGGCUGUCGGUAACAGUGGGUUUAACGAAAUCAUGGAGGCAGAAUUAGACCCAAAGUUUAAACCAAAUUCGUCCAGUAACAUGGAAACUCGAAAAGAGUUUAUUCAGCAAAAAUAUGUGCAAAAACGGUUUAUACAUGCAUCUGGCAAUCCUCCUCAAGCAUUACUAGAGGAGCUGAUGCAAGCUAUAGAAUAUCAUGAUAUUUUAGCAAUAUUGCAGCUUUAUGCAGAAGGUGUUGAUUUUUCUCUAUCUCUUGCUGAUUGUCCAAACAAUGGUACAGCACUCCACUACUGCAUAGAAACGGAAGAUUUGACUUCACUUCAUAUUGUGGAUUUUAUUAUUCAAAACUGCAAGAAUACUAAUAUCCAAGACACCCUAGGAAAUACUCCACUUCAUCUUAGUGUAACACGCAAUAAUAUUGAGUGCACAAAGUUGCUAAUUAGAGCUGGAACACAACUGGAUGUUGCAAAUAAAGCAGGAAAGACAGCAUUGGUUAUUGCACAAGAGAAAAACAAUUCAGAAAUUAUUCAAUUGUUGCAAGAGGCAAAAGAAGGUCAAACAAGUAAAUGUGAACAUGUAAAAAUAGAUUGGGGUAUUAGUGAGACAGAAGAUAUCUAUUCUACACCACUUGAUAUUUAUGAGUUGAAGCAAGAACUAAAAAGUGAUGUAUCAUCAGCUUUAUCUUCUCCUAACACUACUGCACUAGGGCCGAUUUUGCGUUCACAAUCAACACCACGAAGUGGUCUAAAAACAACUGGUUACCCUACACCUGCUACAAGUGUGACAUCAUCAGGACAGUCGAUGAGACAUAGUGUAGCUCUUCCUUCAGCAAUACAAGUUUUACCAUCUGAUAAGCUUGUUCCUCCUCCUCCAGCAAGGAAAAGUACCAAGACAGCACCAACCACAGAGUCUCUUUCUACAUUAUCUUCAAAUGUACCUGUAUUAAAUACAUUUGCACCUAAAUCAGCAGUUACUAAAGUUAUAGAGAAGAGUAUUGGGCCUCCAACUCCACCAACUCGUACUUCAUCUUUUAUUCCGAGAGGCAGUGCAAUCGAUCAAAUGCUUCCUCGACCUGAUCGUCCUCCUCCGCCUACACCAAUUAAAAGUGGGCAUAACAGAAAUGUAUCUGAUGGAAAUGUUUUGUAUAAUGCUGAACAACAAACAAAAGUGCAUAGAAACUCAGUAGCUGAUUCUUUAAACAAUGCCUUUAUAUCCGAUAUACCAGUUGACCCAUGUGCGCCGCCACUACCUCCGCCACGUCCGAAAGGAAAAUCAGAAAACAAUCUUACAGUUUCAGGAUCCAUAACCCAUCGACCCAUUCAACAAGAUGCCCCAGUUGUGCCAGAACCUCCAUUAAGUUCUCCUUCAAAAAAUGUUCUGACAUCGCAAAACAAGGAAAGCAAGACAAAAUUCCGUCGUGCAAAAGCAUUGUAUGACUGUGAUGCUGAUCAUGAUGACGAAUUAUCUUUUGUUGAAGGGGAAGUAAUUAUAAUGAUUAAGGAAGCUGACCCAGAUUGGUGGUAUGGUGAAGUUGAAGGAGAACCGCAUCGCAAUGGCGUUUUUCCGAUGAGCUUUGUUUACGUACUCAGCGAUUAGUUUAAUGAGAUUAUUUAGUAAAACAUUGUAUGACUUCUAUCAAGUUUGAAGCUG